AUGGAGUCGGGGCAACAAGUAAUCGAAGACGAAGAAGAGGAUUUCCUUACUCCUCAAACCUUAAUUGUUCCCGAAGAGUCCGAUGCAACCAAGUCAAAUCUUGAGGAACUGGAGCAGGUCAUACGUAUUGAAUACUUUCCCGAGAGAAAGAAAAGAUUGGAUGAUGCAAAAGGGAAAUGGAGAGAAGUCCUACCUGAGGUCCUUUGGGCAUAUCGAACAACAUCGAAGAUCAGCACGGGGGCUACUCCGUUCUCUUUAGUUUAUGGCUCCGAGGCCCUCAUCCCUGUCGAAGUUGGAAAACCCAGCAUCAGGUUUUGA